AUGGCUACAUGUGUUGGCGGCAAUCUGAAUGUCACUGGACUCCAUGUCUCAGUCAGGUCGAUCACGCUGAUCCAAGCCGUUGGACGUCAAACCCGUAGACGUCAAACCCGUUGGACGUCGAAGCCGUUGGAUGAGCGCAUUAACCCGUUGGAAGUCGAACACGCUCGACCCAAACCCGUUGGACGUCAAACCCGUCCCAGGAGCCCAUUAACCCGUUGGGAGUUGAACACGCUGGACCCAACCCGUUGGACGUCAAACCCGUCCAAGGAGCGCAUUAACCCGUUGGGAGUUGAACACGCUGGACCCAACCCGUUGGAUGUCGAACCCGUCCAACCCGUUGGACGUCGAACCCGUUGGAUGAGGAAGUCGAACACGCUGGACCCAACCCGUUGGACGUCAAACCCGUUGGACGUCAAACCCGUCCAGGAGCGCAUUAACCCGUUGGGAGUUGAACACGCUGGACCCAAACCCGUUGGACGUCGAACCCGUUGGAUGAGGAAGUCGAACACGCUGGACCCAACCCGUUGGACGUCGAAACCGUUGGAUGAGGAAGUCGAACACGCUGGACCCAACCCGUUGGAAGUCAAACCCGUUGGACGUCAAACCCGUUGGACGUCAAACCCGUCCAAGGAGCCCAUUAACCCGUUGGGAGUGGAACACGCUGGACCCAACCCGUUGAAUGUCGAACCCGUCCAACCCGUUGGACGUCGAACCCGUUGGAUGAGGAAGUCGAACACGCUGGACCCAACCCGUUGGACGUCAAACCCGUCCAGGAGCGCAUUAACCCGUUGGGAGUUGAACACGCUGGACCCAAACCCGUUGGACGUCGAACCCGCUGUAGGAGCGCAUGAACCCGUUGGGAGUUGA